UUUAAAUAAUGCAAGGAAAGUUUACUUUUGUGGAUGGCCAAACCAAACAUUUGAUCCAGUGAAUAUAAUGAAACAUUUUCCAGAAGUAACACAUCUGGACAUUUCUUACGGUAACCUUACAAAUAUCGUGACUAAUUUUCCAGAUAGCCCAUUUUUGCAGGUUAUAAAUAUUUCAUUCACUGCCUUAUCAACCAUAAAUGUUAACCUUGUAAAAUAUGUUCGAAAUCUCAAAAUACUUGAUUUAAGAUUCAACAAACUAAAGUACAUGGAAGGACCAAUUAAUCUUCCAAAUCACUUUGAACAGCUCUAUUUUAGUGGAAAUAAUUGGAACUGCUCACGCAGCUUACGAUGGCUUUUAAAUCUAGAGAAAGAAUCCAAUCUAAUUGACAGAAAUAAUAUGAUAUGCUCCGAUCCAAAGUAUCAGGGGAGAAAUCUAGCAAUUGUGGCAUACUAUAAAAGGGUAUCUAAGAAAGAAUGCCAGUCUCAUUUGGAAUUAAGAAACUGCAGCUGUUCAGUUCAUUAUAUAAUGAAAAGUGAAGACGGGAAGUCUUUAACUCCAAUCUAUGCAAUAAACUGUUCGAGUUUAAAUUUUUACAAUCUUCCGUCAUAUCUACCAAAAAAUACAACAAUUUUGUAUGCAACAAAUAAUAAGAUUUCAGAUAUAAGGCCUUUGCUAGACAACGCAUGUUACAGAGAUGUGGUUGAUGUUUAUUUGGACAACAACAAUAUACGGUCAAUUGAUGUCCUGGAAGCUGGCUAUUGGCUUAGACAUUUUCGUGUGCUAAGCCUGAAAAAAAAUCUAUUACAUAAGCUUCCGGUACAUGCCAUCGAUAAUGCUUUAGAAAAUAAUCUAAACGCUGUUAAGUUACAGCUCAGCCUGAAUCCAUGGGCUUGUGAUUGUAAAUUUGUGAUGCGUUUUCGAGAGAUCCUAAUGAAGUACAAUACAAUAAUCAGAGACUCUUGGAAUGUGACUUGUAAUCUGACGAACGAAGAAAAUCAAAGUGUUGAAACUACAAUUCUUUCUCUACAGCACAUUGAUGUUUGCAAGCUUCCUACAAAUAAUAGCAUUUUCGCUUUGGAUAUAUUAAAUUGUGUCUUAACAAGCUUAAUUUUAUUUGUAUUGUUUAAAUUAGGAUAUGAUUAUUAUUACUACAAAAACUAUGGUCGUUUGCCAUGGAUAAUAACGAAAAUGCCGUAAUAAAUUUUCAUAAGUUGAAAGA